AUGUCACACUCAGAUGCCUACAAAUUCGUCGCGGGCGACGAAGAUCUUCAGCUGCACGAGAUGUUUGGCUUUGCCAAUACUGUCGAAACUGCCGCCACCGACCUUCCUCCGCCGGCCAACACCCUCCUCGUUGCCCCCCUUCUCGGCUCUCCUUUCGCUGGGCCUCUUGAGGUCCUCCAGGAUCAGCCAGUUGGCUGGCUUUCGCCCUCUGCUACUGGUCCUGUUGAUGGCCUUGAUGUCUUCAACUUCAACGACUUCCUCGCUCUCGAUGAGGGCACUGACGAUGUUCCCGCUGCCACCGAAGAGGCACCCUCAUCACCACCACCACCACCACCACCAGAGCUGGCUGACUCCAGCACCCGUCACGAAGAACCCGCAGCUGCCCCUGAGCAGGCUGAGGACCUUCCGGCCGUUGCACAGCUUGAGGCUGUGCAAGUCGAAAUUGCGCAGUUGAAGGCUGCGUUGGCGGCUGAGAGUCCUCAGCACAAGCUCCUGGCGACGCCUGGAAGUCGUCAGAGCAGCAGCAGCCCGCGCAAGCGGAAGUCCACUGGCGGUGAGGUGUCUCCACCAAAGAAGCAGGCCACGACGCAGAUGGGUCCCAUCGAGGCCUUAUGGUCUCCCAAGUUCACCGAGGAUGAGCGACGCGCGUUUCGCGGAAACUUAGCUUCACCAACGACCCCAAAGCCGUCUCAAACUCACCUCGACUCUACCCCGCUACCCUCGACACCCUACAUAAGCAGCCCUCAAGACCUCAAGAUUUCUGCUGAAGACCUCCACUCGAUCCAGACUUUCCUUCACGACAACCCCGUCCUUUCUCACAGCACUACUCACCUCGUCGACUUGUCCGCUUCACCAUCCAACAUCACCAUGGCGCACACAGUCAACAUGAAAGUCAAGCGAGUGCCUCUGAAGCAUGCCCCAAGGCGCACUCCUAAGAUCACCAACAACAUCACCACCAAGGUCACCAAGAAGCCCAAGACCACUCCCAAGAAGAUGCAACACCAACGCACCGCAUCCACCACCUCUACCGCCGUACCUUCACCGACUCCUCCUAAUCGCUACCGCAGCAUCGAUGAACUCCUUGCCGCAAACUUCUACAGCCUCAACGAGCAAGAGAAAACCCGUGUCCUACUCCCCAUGCUGCGCAACCUUGACCCCAUGAGGCUGGGAGCUUCCCUCGCUGAGCUACCUUGCAUCCAAGCGAAAGGUCUAGGUCACGAAGUCCGCGUAGCUCGUGCCAUCCAUGGUUCACCGCCGACACCAGAGGCCGAUGACAUCCUGGCCACCAAGCUUACGACUGGCAGUCCACUUUCACCAACGCAAGCUGCUAAGACCUCGACUACUCCUUCGCCAGAUCCAGCUCUCCAAGCUUCACCACUAUCGCACAAGGUCGCCAAGGUCGAGGUCAGCGAAGAUCACGGCGCUGUUCGUCAGCGCGAGGCUCUCGAGAAGGCAGCAUUGCUACAGGCGCAGGGUAAGAAGUGGUGA